AUGGGUUGGUCAGAAAACAUCACCAUAGGCUGGUCAGAGAACAUCACCAUAGGCUGGUCAGAAAACAUCACCAUAGGCUGGUCAGAAAACAUCACCAUAGGCUGGUCAGAGAACAUCACCAUAGGCUGGUCAGAGAACAUCACCAUAGGCUGGUCAGAGAACAUCACCAUAGGCUGGUCAGAGAACAUCACCAUAGGCUGGUCAGAGAACAUCACCAUAGGCUGGUCAGAGAACAUCACCAUAGGCUGGUCAGAGAACAUCACCAUAGGCUGGUCAGAGAACAUCACAAUAGGCUGGUCAGAGAACAUCACCAUAGGCUGGUCAGAAAACAUCACCAUAGGCUGGUCAGAGAACAUCACCAUAGGCUGGUCAGAGAACGUCACUAUAGGCUGGUCAGAGAACAUCACCAUAGGCUGGUCAGAGAACAUCACCAUAGGUUGGUCAGAAAACAUCACCAUAGGCUGGUCAGAAAACAUCACCAUAGGCUGGUCAGAGAACAUCACCAUAGGCUGGUCAGAAAACAUCACCAUAGGCUGGUCAGAGAACAUCACCAUAGGCUGGUCAGAGAACAUCACCAUAGGCUGGUCAGAGAACAUCACCAUAGGCUGGUCAGAGAACAUCACCAUAGGCUGGUCAGAGAACAUCACCAUAGGUUAG